CCUUCUUUUCCGGUUCCUCCUUUCCUACGGUCUGUGGCGGGAAAAACAAGGCCCUCAGAAGCAAUGGCGUCUUCGGCCCUGGAAGCCGUGGAGGCCGAGCUGACGCUCUUCGGGCUGGACGUGGCUGAAGGCGAGGACGAAGACGCUUUGGCCCAGAAGUUGGAGGAACUUUGCUUGCUGCACCGGGUGGAAGAAACUGAAUUGGCGGAGGAAUUGGUUGCCUUCUUUGCCACAAAGGGAAUCCUUCAUCUUACAGUUAAUGUCCUGCUUGAUUUUCAGCAUAACGUGCUUAAUAAGCGAGUUGCGAAACCUCCGGCGAAGAAAGAGACUCGUCCUUCCGCUGCCGAAGAGACCAACGCCAUUCCUGGGCCUCCCGACCUCGAUGAAGAGGACGAGGACCUCUUGGAUGCCUACACUUCACCAUCGAAAACUUCCCAGAAGCGGGAGAUCACGACGCCUGAGAACCCACACCCGAAGCGGACCCUCUCCGGGCGCAGCCCACGUUUGGCCUUUUCCCCCAAUAGCUUCUCCCCCAGCGCUACUCCGUCCCAGAAAUACGCCUCUCGGAGCCAGCGUGGCGAAGUGGCCACCUCGUUCGGAUCCGUUUUGGGCGCAUCCUGGAGCGGGAACGGGGGUUCGGAGACUUCCCUGAAGCUGUUCAGUUCCGACAAGGAUUCCCUUCGCAAGCCCUAUAAAUACAUGUUCCAGGACCUACGGGAAAACCGAGAAGUCCUCUCGUAUAAAAUUGAAGAAUUAGGCGAGGCACUAAAGGCCCAUUACGGCAUUGAGGAAUUUUCCUCCCUGAUCAUCCCUGUGCAGGACCGCGUGAUCGUUGUGGGCCAGGUGGGCUGCGAUGCCAACGGCAAGCUCAACGCCAAGUCCGUCGUCCUGGAAGGCGACCAGGAACAUUCCUCAGGCGGCCUCGUCCCGGUGGACGUCUCGGAGCUCCCGGAGUAUUCCCUCUUCCCCGGACAGGUGGUGGUCAUGGAAGGCAUCAACAGCACCGGGAAGCAGUUUUUUGCAUCCAAGCUGUAUGAGGGAGUUCCCCUUCCGUUUCAUAAAGCUACGGAUUUGCUUGAAGGCGUAGAGCCCCAGAUGGUCCUGGUUGCCUGCGGCCCUUACACCACGUCCGACAGCAUCACCUACGACCCUUUGUUGGACCUGAUCGACGUUAUCAAUAAAGACAAGCCUGAUGUUUGCAUCCUGCUGGGGCCCUUCCUUGAUGCAAAGCACAAGCAAGUGGAGGCUUGUCAGUUCACCAGCUCCUUUGAGGACGUCUUCAAGGUCUGCCUGAAAACCAUCAUUGAAGGGACGAGGAGUGCUGGAUCACGCCUGGUCAUCGUCCCGUCUCUGAGAGAUGUCCACCAUGUCUAUGUUUACCCCCAGCCUCCAUUCUCCGGCUCCGAUCUGUCGAAAGACGACGAGAAGAGGGUGCUCUUUGUCUCGGACCCCUGCACGCUGGAAAUCAAUGGGGUGGUUGUGGGCCUGACCUCGGUGGACCUGCUGUUCCAUAUGGGCUCCGAAGAGAUUAGCAGGUCUUCCAGCGGGUUGGAUCGCUUCUCUCGCAUUCUCAAGCACAUCCUGACUCAGCGCAGCUACUAUCCGCUCUACCCUCCCGCGGAAGAGAUGAACGUGGACUACGAGCAUUUCUACCCGUACGCCUCUCUGCCCGUCUCGCCAGACGUCCUCAUCACCCCGUCCGACUUGAAGUUUUUCAUCAAGGAGGUCCUCGGGUGCGUCUGCAUGAAUCCCGGCCGCCUGACCAAAGGCCACGUUGGGGGCACGUACGGGCGCUUGUAUGUCCAGAGGAAGGUCUCCCAGGAAGGGCCCCGGAGCCCCUGCCUCUCCGCUCAGGUGGUCAAGAUCUAGCCACGGCCGUUGCCCUUCGGAGAGGUCAAGCCAAAUACAUCUCGGAGCCGAGAUGAAAAGCGAUGGAAGGACUUUCGGUUUUGCAAUUGUUUGGGGAUCUUAAUUUCAGCCCUGCCAUUAUAAUUGUUAUUCUCAGCCUA